CCCCAGACAUUAACUGGCCUUUGCAGCGCCCGCAUGCGAAGAGAGGUCGGGCAUGUCAUCUCCAUUUCUGAUAGGGAAACUGAGGCACAGAGUGGUUAAAAUCAAAGUGAGUCAGUGGCAGAGCUUAGAAUAGAGUACAGAAGUCCUGACAUCCAUUCCCAUGCUCACCUGUCUCUCAGCAUCGAACGCUGGGGGUUGUAGCGCAUGGUCAGUCUUAUCUGCAUGUGUUUCCUUACUGGCCUGCUAGUGAAACGAAACUGGAGGUUCAUUCAGGGUCUUGGCUGCUCGAAAUGAGAUCGGGUGACUUUGUUUGAUGCUGACUGGCUUUCGUUCCACCCCUUGUGCUCCUGCCACGCGGAGACUGCUCGAAGAGGGUGUGAAGGCUCCACUCCCUUGGGAUGCAGCAUGUGCCUGACUUGUAUCCCCGGCUGGCCAGAUCUGGCUGUGGUGUGCGGGAUUUUUGUCAGGCACAGCGCUGGCGUAACGAAAACUACGAGAGGCCUGUGGACCUGGAAGGGUCAGGGGAUGACGACCCCUUUGCAGAUGAUGAAAUCGACGAUCUCUACUCGGGGUCCGGCUCGGGGUAUUUCGAGCAGGAGUCCGGGAUUGAGACGGCGGUGCGGCUCCGCACGGACGCCUCGGUCACGCUCCCCAGCACCCCGGCCGUGCUGCCCGUCACAUCCGUGCAGCCCGGGGCCACGCCCUUUGAAGUGUUGCCUGCAGAGGAAACCACGCCAGAGCUGGUGACCAGCGCCCUGCCUAUGCCCAGGGUGACAGGGGCACCAGCCAUUCCCAACUGGAAAGCAACUACCAGCUGGGCCACGGCCAGCGACACGCCGCCCCCUUCCAUGGCUGCUGCAAGCCCCACGGCUCCCACUGCCUCGCCAACAACCGUCCGGAGGGGCCUGCCCUCCCCCGCCACCACGAUGGCCACCACGCGGGCCACCACGCUGCAAGUGCCCAUCCCAGCCGCCACGGAAGCCAGCACCAUCACGGAGGCAGCCACCACCCGGCUCAUCCCCCCCAGCACUGCCAGGCCCAGAGCCAGGCCAACGUUGAGCACCUCCAGGCCUGUGGAUGUGCCGGAGAAAAGCACCAUCCUGCUGCCGCCUGUUGCUACCAGGGCACCCACAGACAUACUCCAGGUAUGGACAGGGGCUUCUCUAACAGCCCUCGACAACGAGCUGGAGGUUCCCGUCAGCGGAGGGCCCAGCGGGGACUUUGAAAUCCGCGAGGAGGGAGACACGACGCGGCCGGAGCUCAAUAACGAAGUGGUCCCCGCGGCCACGCCGGCAGCAGGGCCGGGGCUGGGGAAGAACGCCGAGCCCGGCCUCAUAGACAAUACGAUAGACUCCGGGAACUCGGCUGCGCAGCUCCCCCAGAAAAACAUCCUGGAGAGGAAAGAAGUGCUAAUAGCCGUCAUCGUGGGUGGCGUGGUCGGGGCUCUCUUUGCCGCCUUUCUGGUCAUGCUGCUCAUCUACCGGAUGAAGAAGAAGGACGAGGGGAGCUACACGCUGGAGGAGCCAAAGCAGGCGAACGUCACGUACCAAAAGCCCGACAAGCAGGAGGAGUUCUAUGCAUAAAACGAGCCCAGAGUGCCUCUCUCUCUCAGUGUCACUCCGUUUCUGGUUCAAUCCCUCCUCCUCCCCCUCCCCAUCCAGUCUCGCUCGCUCCCUUUCUCAAGGCACUGGGAGUCGAACAAGCAAAUACGAUAAUAAGAAACAAAAUCUUCAGUUAAAAAAAGACAAAUCAGAGUGUCACCGACUUGAAACAAAGACUGUCACCGUUCUCCAGCGGACAUGGAGUUUGCAGGGGACAGCGAGUGUGAGGAGCCAAUGGGCAGCCACCUUUCAGUGCCUGUGUGAUGCUUGGGUGGUCAUUCUGCUGACGAUGGCUGGAGUUUCCUGGGUUUACCAAACAACAGGACUGACUGAGAUCUAAACACCUGUUACCAGAAUGGGGGGCGGGGGGCGGGAUGAGUUUCUCUGUUGGCAGGGUGGGGGGUUGGUUUCGUACCAGGAAUUGCUGCUCCGUCGCUCUGUGUGGAGAGGUUGUGACUGUCAAAUACAAUUUCAAGCCUUGAAAAAGCACAAUGAGCUGAACCAUCCAAUGCUCCAGUUUGCUCUCGGAAUGAAAAAUGGCCGGAGGGCUGGGCUGAGCUUUGAGAUCACCUCGCCGCUGCGGGGAGCCGCGUUUUGCAGUCGUGUGGCGCUCCCCUUCUGACACCGCUUCACGUCAUCGCAUUGCUGUGCACAGCCAGAGACCUGCAAUGUCUAGAAACCAUGUUCUGGGGCUAGCAAGGGGCUGGGUUCAAAGGGACCUCGCUUUUGCUGGGUUUUCACUGUGACAAAUAAAACUCGGCCUGCGCAGUAUUCCUUGCUCUUUGCAGACAACCACACUGAUGUUUUAAAGGGAAUUGGGACCUUUUUUGGGGGGGCGGGGGAUUGACAAAACCAAGAACAAAAGGCUAAGAGCUCUUCUGGGUUCCUUUGAAUGUGAUAAUAUUUCACAAACCUCAUCAAGUGAAAAUGAAGAAUUGAAGCUCCCGGAGGAGUGAUAGCCCUUCUCCUCAGAAGCUGGUUGGUGAUGGCUCCUGUCAAAUUGCAGGGUCCCUGGGAAAUUAAGAAACACUAGGAAGCAAUGGUAGCUUUCGAGAGCUGCAGCAGGUCAGUCUUGCUCCAAGACACAUCGUUUGUUCAAUCCACGAUUGAUGUGUUUCCAUCUUUUCGUUUUAAAACUCCUGUCUGGCCCUUGCAGCCCUGUGCUGGGCCUGGUGGACUCCCAAUGAGUUUUGGACCCGGUUUGCGUGGGAGCCAGAAAGGAAAACGGACUGAAAGCAGCCAUGAAACUGACUCACGGGUUUGUAAUCCUCGGAGGUGCGGUUAAGCUGGGAAGGGAGUUAGUGGCACGAGGGCCCGAUCGGGCAGUGUCUUUGGCCAGACACUGAGCUGGCUGGCUUGGGGAAUCGAGAAGGCUGCUAAUGAGAUUUGUAAAAAGCUGGUUUUGAUCCUGGCCACGUCUCUGAGGCCCUGAUUUUGCUUGUGUGAGUUUAAAGCAGUCGAUGUGCCUGUGCCAUUGCCCCGGCUCAUCGUCUGCCGUCAGCCCUUCCAGUGGCUGGCUCGUGGGAGUGGGGGGUACCAGGAUGCUUGUGGCUCUGUGCUCACACGGGCAUUGGCACUGACGUGCUUAGGUCAGCCCUGUAAAUAACUAACCCAAAGGUGUGUCGCCCAGGGGUCAGCGAGGGCACACACGUGAUCGGGAAGAGGGUGCGCCCGGCAUUCCCAGCUGGCUGAGGCCAAGGACCUGCGGGCAACGCUGGGGGCGUUCGGCUCAUGGAGCCAGCAAAGCUUUCGGCCCAGCCCGGAGAGCAAAGCGGCUCUGUGGGCAGGUGGGAGAGGAGAAGGUCCGGCAGUACCAGUGGGUGUCUGGUGAAAGGCACAAGAAGGAGCCUGUGGUGAUGUCACACCAGCGCAUUUGCACGGCUGGCCGCAGAAUUACUCCUGAGGGGUCCUGGCACGACUGACGGCAGAACCAGGCUGCCAGUCCGGAAAGGGCCCGUCGAGGGCUGCUGGGAGCUCACAGCCAAAUGUUUGAAAGUUUGGUGCCAGUCUGGAUGGAGGCCCGUUUUCCCCCAUCAGUCUCAGGCUGAGCCAUUUCCAAAGGGACUUGGACUUUGAGUGUCUUUAUUUACAGGUGCAGUAUCGAGACCUUCGAGGGGGUCUGAUUCUCAGGGGUGGACGUGCAGCACUGUCUGAAAACCAAGCCCUUAAAGUGUUUCAAUUUCAGGCAUCCCAAAACCUGAGGCAACCAACCAGCAUCAGUCCCUUUGAAAGACACGGUCCUAAGCUUUUGAGUCUAUAUUGGAGCCUCCACGCUUAGUCUUUUAAAUUUUGCUUUUCUCAGCUUCCUCAUUAAUCUGCUCCGUUCUGGUUUUCCUUAAUAGUCUGAAGUGCUGUAAUACAACUUUUUUUUUCUUAUUAUCCACUUAAGAUUAGAGCCCUCCGCUGGUAUUAAGUUGUAAUCCCAAUACUUAAAUCUUGUCCAGGUCGGAAGUGAGUAGCAAUCUCUAAAUGUGACGGUUGGAGCAGGCUGAGAAAUCUAAAA